AUGUCUACCACCAUGGAAUCCCCCUUAACGCAGCAAAGUAGACCGGAAACUUUCAAGCCUAAGAUUAGUUCUGACUAUGUUGAUCCCUCAGAAGGGUUUUGGAGGGAAUUCUUCUUGUUGCCGCCUGAUCGAGCUCAACUGAACGGCAUCCUCGAGGCUCUUAGUCCCGAUGAGACGCUCAGCCUCCAGUCCAACACCCAACAACUCUUUGCUCGUGGGAUUCGAGAAGCUGCGUCUGGAUCCAGUCCUGUGGACUCGUAUGCCCUGGAGAAGUACACAAAUCCUAGCUCCGAUGUCAUCACUGUUCUGGCCGGGCUCGACAAAGUUGACCAAGUCAUAUCCAACUUUGUCGCUGUCUUGGAUGGCAUAAUCCGCAGCGGCGGUAACAAUGACAUCCGGUUCAAGGCCAUCCGAACGGCCGUCGCCAUGACGAGUGGGGCGUAUAAGACUAGCCUAGUGACUUACUUCACUCAUCGAGAUCUGUUUCCUUCGAUCAUGAAGCUUGUGCAUGAAUCGGAAAUGACAAUGCAAGUUUUCGAGCCAUUUCUCCUCCUAGGACUGCUCGCCAACUACAACAAAUUCGAGUUUCAAAACCCAUAUCAACUACGGCUCGAUGACUUUGUGAACGAAUCGAGUAUCCAGAAAAUUGUAAAAGGAGUUGGUAUCUCAUGUGGUGCCCUGAGAAACGGAUAUGUGGCAGUACAGGACGAUUCCCCCGAAGGCUGGUCCCUGGUGGGAACGUUGAUCUAUUUUGGAUUAGGUGUAUUGACGCCGAGUAAGAAGGACAAGCCAUCUCCUCCCUCGCCCGAAGAGGCAAAGGAAAUGUUUGCGGCCUUGCCUGCAAAACAAGCGGCCAUUCUCCUAGCAACCUAUGAUUUUACUAACGCAAAUAAGCUUUUUGGCUACCAUUUGAUCAAUUCUGCUCCUGAAAAAGAUACUGAGGAGUCCCCUUUCUCGAGCUUUCUUUCCCUGACCUCUUACCUUCUGCAUCACGCAUACCGCUCUCCGAGGGUUGGACACUAUGCUGAACUCAGCCUUUUCACUUUGCGAAUUCUCUCAGAAGACUCGACUUCCUGCAAACUACUCUGCAGCGAUGAGAGCAAAAGGAAAGUCCGCCUCUGUCGACAAAGACAGCCAUAUCUCCCCCUCGUUACCGGAGAUAGAGUGCUUGCAACCGCUGUUUUUGAUAUCCUCGUUGAUGCCAUCUCCCACAACCUUCGACGGCGUCUUGAUGUCCAGCUCUAUAGCCACACAAUUGCGAUUCUCCUCCGUAUCCUCACCUAUCUCUCCAUGAAUAGAAUUCGCCUCCAUUACCACUGGUCGGAACUCUGGCGUACCCUGCUCUCCCUGAUGCGCUUCCUUACCACAUACGUCUCCGACUUAACCACAAGCCCACAUAUAAACACAUUAACGACUUCCCUGGUCGAUCUCGUCGCAUUCUGCGUCGCCGCAGGCGACACAUUCCUUCCCGACCCGGCUUCCUAUGACGACCUCUUCUACAAACUCGUCGAAACAGGCCCUAUCAUCGCCAAAUUCCGCGACGUUUACUCUCUUAAACCUUCGACCGCUGCGUCUUCCUCCACGCUCUCCAAACCCGUCGACUCAAACAAGGAUAUCCACGUCGCCGCUGUCGAAACCCUCAUUUCCGUCUCCACGCAUUUCUAUGCGCUCCUAUUCAACCCUGGCACUGCCCCCAAUGCAGAGUCGGCUCCAGCCAACCCCGGCGUGGACGCCCAAGGCCAAACCCCGACUCCAAUCCCGGCUGCCCAGAAAAAGAAUCUGAGCCCCCGCGAGGUUCACCGUAUCAUAAAGCAGGGAUAUGACACGCUCAGCAUCCAGCCUCCCGAGGGAUUGAGCGCAUGGACAAGAUACCGCGAGACUGACUGGAAACCGGAGUUAAAGCGCGCUGCGCGGUGUGCGGUUGAUGAUGCUACGCAUCUGGUGGCGUAG